CUAGGAUCAAAGAUAUUGAAAACUCUACUUCUUCUUCUACUUAUAUCUACAUCUUUUGAUUUCAAACUUGUAAUUCUUGGGGAUUUAUUUAUUAUAAAAUCAGCUAUGUUGUCCGUAUCAACAGUUGUCCAAUCAGCAACAAGCGUUUAAAUGACGUAGUUGCUCUCGGAACGCUUUGACUCGUUGAAUCUCGUUAGCGGCUCCCGUUGAAAACAUGGUGAUUCCCCUUAUCAAUGUGUGUCGGGAGUAUUCCAGCGAACGUUUCAAUAUAGAGCAUGCGUCUCAGUGAACCAAACAAUCUCUGACAGUGCAAAUCAGAUCGUGCAAACCUUCACAGACAUAAAAUAUUGCUUCGGAAGCAAUGACGGCUAUCAACAUUUCAUUUCUGCUACUUCUCUUAAUACUUGCCGUUCGUUCGCAUCAACGCACUGUUCAGGGUGAGCAAGAGUGUACAUUAGUAACGCAUGAAGGUGAAGAAUCGAAAGGAGUUCUGGUCCCCGCCGACCAAUGUACCACAUUUCGGGAGCAACCAGAAAACAAAGACUUGCGCCCUACGCACCCCGUCUGCUGUGCUGUGUUUCAAAGUGACCAAACCUGUGGACGACUGUCGCAGUAUGCCGACGAAUUUAGCUUCGAUAGCCGCGAAACGCAACUGGAUCAGUUUCCGUGGGCAGCGAUGGUGCUGCUGCGCCGGGUUCAGAAGCUUGUGUGCAGUGGUUCACUGAUCGCUAGCCGGUUCGUUCUGUCGGCGGCUCACUGCUUUGUGGAUGUGCGCGGUACGAGUAAACCAGCAACCGAUUACCGGGUACGGUUAGGUGAUUGGGAUCUUGAGCUCGAUGAGGAUUGCCUGUACGUGCGCGGCCAGCUCGUUUGCAAUGAGCAGCAGCCGGUGGAUUAUGCCGUCGAGCGGAUCAUUAGUCAUGGGGACUUUCAACGACAGCGGAGGGACUUUUUGCACGACAUUGCACUGCUCAAGCUUGCCGAAGCGGUAGAGUACGGUGCACAGAUAGGACCUGCAUGUUUACCAAACUGGAACGUUGGAGUUCCGCUGAUUGCUGGUCAGAAAUUUACUGUCUUCGGUUGGGGACGAACGCGGUCUUAUUCGGGGGUAAGGCGCAAGUACAAGAUUGAGAUGCCGGGCAGGAAUAUAAGUGCGUGCGUAAGGGCUUACGGGUUGCGCGCGCCGGAGGUGCCUCGGAUACAUCUGUGCGUUGGAGGAGUGUAUAGAAAAGACGUGUGCCAUGGUGACUCAGGAGGUGCUCUGAUGCGAAGGGAAUCGAAUCGAUGGGUGCAGGAGGGCAUUGUAAGCUUUGGAGCGUAUCGCUGUGGGAAGCCAUUGCCUGGCGUGUAUACAAAUGUCGCUCACUACAUUGAUUGGAUUCAGUGGGCCAUAGAUGUCUCUUCGAGUUAAGUCUUGUUUUAGUAUGUUUUAGUAGUCUUGUCUAUAACAUAUAUUUUAGAACUUCUGAGUAGAUCUCUCCAAGGUAGAGCGCUUAAUUUUGUUAAGUUGUUCUUAAUUGUUGUUCUUGUGUUAAUGUUGUUCUUAUUUCAAUAAAAUAUACCAAGCGUUUAGCAAUGCACUAAGAAAACGGGAAUAGCAACAUCUACGAGAAUAACAAAUUCCGAAUGCCUAAUUAUUUACAUUACGUAAAAGCUGCAACUGUUAUCCUCAUCCACGUCGAUAUCUAGCUCAACCAACAGAAACAACAAAACUGAAGAAAACAAAACCUCAACCGGCACCUGGCACCUGGUGCAACCUGCCACCCCGCCGGCAAUCUUGCGUCGUUCAAUUUGUUGCGCAGCGCGCUAACUUUAGUCCGCCGGGGACGUUGGAUCAAUCAUGCAUCGGUAGCCAGAUCAGCCAUGCGGUUUGCACUGCUGCCACCCGGUUUCGCUUUGCACCUGAUAUGUAAAUUAAUCAGCCACUUUUUGACAUCCAUCAAUCGCCCCAUAAGUCGAAGCGAGCCCGUUGAGCGGUCGCGGAUGGCGAAAUCGGUGCGCGCGAUCGCAAACUACCCGCUGCCGACGCCGCCUCGUCGGUAGCGAGGUCCCUCUGGCGCUCGUGUCGAUCAGUCGGUCGUCCGACGGUUGGAUCGAGACAGCGCUAAACGCUGCGCUCCCGGACAUCGAGAAUACCGCGCGGAUUCACAGCUACCGUUUGGAACGCCACCCAACAGAAACUCAAACCAAAUCCCAAACGUUGUUGAAGGGAAAACGAACGAAAGAGAAACAGAACAGUUGAUCGAACAACUGGCGACAAGCAGCUCAUACUGCAAAAAGAAUCGGUAUCGAUUGGGUCCGUCGCCGCCGUUCAGCAAAACCGGUGCGAUGUUAGGAUCUGGAAGCGUAGCGUGCACGGCUUGAACCGCUUCCAGCUGUGGACAUUAGGCCGUGGCGCUGACUAAACGAUUUAAUUUGCAUCUCCACCAUUCCACCAGUACCCUUCUCCUGUUGCACCGUAUUUGUCACCUUGGUCGCUGUGAUGAUGGUGCUGGAGUGAACUUUGCCAGUGAGUGGUUCGGGCGAGUGACAGCUGCAGAGGACUUGCAAGUGAUAAAUAAACACACCACACUCGGCAAGGUAUCGCUGUGCUGCACUGUACCACGAUUUGGAACGAUGCAGCCAGCACGGUGGAAUGAAACGGGGGAUGUACUUUGGCGCGAAGAACGUGCCACCAGUACCGCAGUCACUCCGGUGGCUCCGAUCGUGAUCCACCCGGUUUCGUUCCUAAUCCGUCACCGUAAAGUACAACCCAACGGAGGAGGAAGAACGCGAACUUCGAAUCAAGCGCAGUGAGAGCAACGGGUAAGUAACGUCAGACAACAGGACGAAUGUUCAUGCUCGCUCAA